AUGAUGGGAGUAGGGGUGGUGGCUAGGGAUGCUACAUGGUCUGUGAAGGCAGCUUUGUGUUCUUAUUUGCCCUAUGUAAUGGAUCCUUCUGUGGCUGAAUCCCUUGGAGCUCGAAAGGCUUUAAAGUUUGGCCAGGAUAUGGGUUUUUCUUCUAUUGUGCUUGAGGGUGAUGCUAGAGAAGUUGUGUUGGGUUUAGGGAGUUCAGAAGCUUGUAAGGGUAGCCUUGAGGGCGUGCUUUUGGACUGUCGACUUCUCUUAGAGUCUUUCAGUUCUUGGAGUGUAAAUCAUGUGCGUCGUGAUGGAAACAAGACUGCUCAUAAGCUGGCGAAAUUAGCUGUUUCCCAUUCUGGUCACCACGUGUGGGUGGAUGUGUGUUCUAAAGAAAUUUGGAGCAUAGUCUGUACUGAUUCUGAUUCUUAA